UAUAUUUAUUCUUGAGACUAUCUUUUUAUUUCUUUACAUCAAUAUAAUUUUCAUCAGAUUGUUUACUUGACGAUUUUCAACUUUAGAGAGUAAAUGAUUUCUUAAUAAAAUUCUAAAUUUAUUUUAUAUAUUAACAUAUGAUUGAAAUGAAUAUUUACUAUUAUAAUAAGUCUCUUUUGAAUAAUAUUUAAUGAACUUAUCGUAAAAUAUUCAUGAUGAAAACAUAUCUAUGUGAGUUUUUAUAUUCGAUAAUGAAUCAAACAGGUAAGUUCGAGACAAUAGUUGUAAAUAGUAGAUGACAUAAGUCAAUAACAGUCUGAAGGUAUAUAUUAGUAUUGACCAAGACCUUGAAAUGAAGGUUAUUGUAAGAUUUCUAAUGUGCAAUAGUGUUUGUUCUUUUUAGUUUACUGUGGUUUUUUUUUCAUAAUAAUGAGUUUUGAAAAUGUAAUUUUUAUUUAAAACGAGAUUUACAAAUUGACUGUCAUCUCAAUGUUGUCUUUCAAGAUGAUAAAUGAAACAAGAUAUAUAUAUAUAUAUAUAUAUACACCUAAAAUUGAUUUAGAAAACUUUGAUUUCAACUGCAUAUAAAUAGAUAAAACAAAUUUCUAAUUAUCUCAAAAAUGUCUUUUUUUGUUUAUAAGAAAAAAUCGUCGAGUAAACGAACUGAUGAAUAUUGUAUCCUGUAAUAUAAAUCGAAGAGCAAACAACGAUUAUGUGAAAAAUAAAUAGAAAAGAAAAAGGUAAGUAUUCUGUUUAUAUUUAAGUACUGUAGUAUGUCUAUAUCAGAAUUUACGAGUAAAUUUUAUCAAUGUGUUACUCUCAACAUAUUCGUUUAUUAAACAAUGUUCAAUAGUUUAUUUUUUAUUCUUUUUUUCAAUUGAAAUUAUGUUUAAAAAUGAUGAAAAUAAAUCACAAUAGAAGAAUUCUAUAAAUGAAAAGGAUGGUAAUGAAAAUCUCGACUUCUUUUUUUUUCUUUAUUUAAAAUAAAACUUUAUAAAAAGUUUAGUAUUUAAAUAUAUAUCAAAAAGACUUAAAAACUUCUCUCAUAAAAUAUAAACAUUAUUUAAAAAAAAAAAAAAAAAAAAAAAAUCUCGAAUGAUUUAUUAAUGUUCACAAUUCAAAUAGAGUUUCCAUAGAUUUAUCAUAUUCAUGAAAUGGAAAGAAAAAAGAGAAAAAAGAAAAUCAAUUGAUUAUUCGAAUGUUGAUGAAACAAGAUAAACAGAAGCCAAUUUCAUAUCUAAGAAUAAUAAUAAUGACGUAACUGUCCAUUUGAUUUCAAAGUCACUUUUGUUUUUUGUGUAUCACACGAGUACAAUCAAAAAAAGAACAAUUUCUUUACUAUGAUUAGUGAACUUUUUCUUUUUUCUAUUUGCUUAAAGGCUAUUCUCUAUAAUUAGCCGAAUGUAGCAUUGAAAGCAAAAGUAAAUGGUAAUGCACGUCAAGAUAAACGGUGGAUAAGCAUGUCGAAAAUCAACAUAAGACAAAAUCGACAUGAAUAUAUUGAAAUAAAUCUAGGUGAACAUGUCAAACAAAUUUUUUUCGAACAACUACGAGGUACCAAUUCAUAUGAACAAUGGCAUGCUAAUAUUCAUCGAGAAUUAGAAGAAGAUCUUCAACGACAAGUUCGAGAACUUCUUGAAGAAACUGAACGAGAAGAACGUUUAGCUAAAUUACAACGACAAUUUAUUCGAGACAAAUAA